AUGACGCCACAGAUUUCUGCGAGAGGGUGUUUACUUCUGUGCUUUCUGGUAGUGGCAAAUCCCUUUGUCGUCAGAUCUGCAGACGUGACGAUAAGGAGCGUGACGCUAGAAAGAGAUUUUCUGGGUAUGAACGCGUUGGGUGUGGAGGUGUACAUGGAGUGUGUUAAAGAUAAUGAGAAGAUUACGCUGCCAGGCGUGGAGACGAAAGGCGUCGCCGUUAACUACACCGGUCAAGAGGCAUGGCAGCCCGUGAUGAAGCUGAACCCGGGAGAGUGCAAGAGGUGCACCGUUUACCAAAAGAAGAAGAUUCUUUUCGGUAUCCCCGCGCCCACGGCUCAAUGGACCACCUGCUACGCCAACUUCACCACCGUCAAUCCUAACCCCCCUACGGGCUCUAUGCUCCAAGCAGUGCAGCCCAGCACAGGGUUCGUGACGUUCAACAGCCCCACUCAGCUGAUUGCCGUGCUGGCUUGCCCUGACUGCAACCAGCCUUCGCCUCCUGAGGCCGAUUCGUCAUCGCCUCCUGCCGACUCCUCUACUGGCAGCAGCACCAGCAAUGCUGCAGAUUCCUCCUCCACUCCCUCCUCUCCUCCCACCUCCACCGCGUCUGGUGUGCCCAGCAAUGUCACCUCAUGGAUGGCUGAUGCCCCCACCACAGAGGAGGGCAAUUACGACGUGACCAUGUAUGUGGCGAUUGGAGCGACGCUGCUGUCAGUGGGGGUGGUGCUGUUUGUGGGAAUCAUAGUGUUUUACUUCUGGCGCAGGGCGAAGGUGGCUCAGACGGAGGCGGACAUGUACAGGGACCAGGCAGAGAAGAGUCUGGAGAGAGGUGCAAGUGAUGGGGGUGACCUUCCAGUCUCUGGGGAGGCUAGGGUAUGA